AUGGAUCCUUUGGAAGGCGAGGAGAUCAAGGGAUUUAAAAUUGGCGACAAGACAGUGGACGUCGGGCAGCUGAGACAUCCGCACAGCCGUGUGGUGCACUGUUUGCCUGGCAAGGAAGAAUUGGCACAUGGGGGUCUGUUGCGCACCGACAAGCGACCAAAGGGCUCGGAGAACAACGGGGAUUUGGUUCAGGAAGCGAUCAAUCUGAAGAAGAAACAGAAGGAGAUAUUGGAGCAGGACGAGAAGAAGCAAUGA